AGAAAGCACGUGGCAAAAUAUUUGUAAACAAACAGGGUUGUAUAUACAGAGUUGUAUGAAUUAUUUUACUCUGAAAACUCUUGGACGACGUUUUGGUAAAUUGCAGCUGUCAAUUAUCAUGCCAUACUACUACGCCGUCAGAAUGGGCCGCCAAACGGGAAUUUAUACUACUUGGUAAGAUAUUUUUAGUCAAAAGUAUGUGUAAAUUUCUGCAAUCUGUUUAUAUACCGUAUUCAGAACUGGAAAUUUUUCAAAUCUCAAGUCACAGACAUUUUUCCUGUGUCAUAAACUCCACCCCCCCCCCCCAAACAUGUCUUCUCAAAAAUUGGCCUUGGAGAGAACUGUGUGAAGAGGGCAACAGGGGCCUGCUACUUUCCUCAAGGAGAAUGUUUGCAGGCAAGCUCAGUAAGGUUCCACCAGAAUGCAUUUGAAGGAUGUUCACCACUUGUCACUUUGAAAAUCAUAUGCUUAGAAAAUCACAUCUUUUGUGGGUGGGGGUGCAUGCCUAGAAACCAAUGGUAAAGGAAUGUAUCAUUACGGGCAAAUAAAGUGAAGAUGGAUUUUUUUCUUGGCUGAUACAGGGCGGAAUGCAAGAAACAAGUUGAUGGAGUUGUAGCAAGAUUUAAGAAAUUUCCAACUUUGGAAGAAGCUCAAGAAUUUAUGACAACUAGCGAUCCAAGAGAUGCGGGGAAAACACGGAAAUUUGUAUGUUUUAUUAUCAUGGUUGCUGUGAUUUUGAGAUUGGAAUGCCUUGAUUUUCCCAUUCAGUGGCAGCACUCCCCCUUGACGAGUAAAAUCAUCUGACGUUAGACAGAGUAAAAUAAUGUAGGGUGCAUCAGGGCACAUCGCCACUUAAUGGGUUACCAAGAUGUAUGACAAAUAUUAUCACAAAUAUGGCGACACCUUUCUAAACAACCUUUCUAUCACAGAUACCUCCAUACAAUGUACAGUACACGUUCAAGUUUCAACUGUAUUUUAUAUAUUCAGAAUGCCACACCAACGGAAAAUAAUACUGGAAAUAAAAGAAAGAAUGAAGAAGAUCAUGAGGAUUUGGGAAAACGAUCAAAACAAGGUCGGCCAUAUAACUGCUAGACUGAAGUAAAAUGUGCUCUAAACUGACUUUAUUUAUGUUGCAUAGAUCUAUCAGUUGUAAACUGUUCAUCCUAGGACACCAAUCACAGAAGUGAAAGAUUGCCAAAUGCUCAUCCCACUUUACUUAAGUUUUUUUUUAUCACUUGUGCAACAGAUUAUGAUCCAGACAGAGUUGUGGUCUAUACAGAUGGCUGUUGUUUUUCAAAUGGCAGACGUGGUGCUAAGGGUGGGAUUGGUGUGUAUUGGAGUGAUGGAGAUCCCAGGUACAUAAUUAUUAUAACUGGAAUUUUCAAAUUUAAUCCAUUAAAGCUGCAGAGCUACCCCUUUGACGAGUAAAAUCGUCUGGCAUUAGACAAGUAAAAAAGUCUGGCGUUAGACAAGUAAAAAAAUAAGUAGGGCGCACUGGGUUGCAUUACACUCAAUGGGUUAACUAUAGACAUUGUCAGAUUUUUUGGUUAAUUUAACCCGUUAAGCUGCAGAGCUUCCCCAUUUACGAGUAAAAUCUUCUGGUGUUAGACAAGUAAAAAAAAAUAAUUAGGGCACAUUGUGGCUCAAUAUGGACACCUCCCUAAUAGACACCUCUAACAUAUUUUGUAGAAAUGUUAGUGAAAGUUUGGAGGGAUUACCGACCAACCAAAGAGCAGAAUUAAACGUAAGUGCACAUUUUUCUGUUGUAACGCUCAUUUGUAUCAUGUAAUCACUAAAAACAAUGUAACUAUCUCAGCAAUUAGUUUAAUAAUAGUGAUAAUCUUUUCAGGCAGCUAUAAGAGCCCUCGAAAUAGCCACAAAGAAAAGUUGUAUCAACAAGUUGGAAAUACGAACUGAUAGCAUGUACACACUGAAUGGUAAGUUUUGAAGAUUCUAAAUACGAUACAUCAACAAAUUAAACAAUGGGGAGAUGCUGCCUGUGCACUCUAGUUUCAAGUGAAAACAUCUUACUUCUUACAGCUGUGACAAAGUGGAUGAAUGGGUGGAAAAAGAAUGGCUUCAAAACGGCAAAAGGAACCAACGUAAAAAACAGAGACGACAUAAUGAAACUGUAUGGAUUGUGUCAAAAAAUUGAUGUGAAAUGGGUAAGAGCUCUAUCUGAGGCAAGAACUUCCAUCACUUGGCCUAUAAGAAAAGUGAAGUCAAGAUGCUUGAAAUGUUGAAGUUUUACUUGUAUUUUUCAAUCUCUCGAUCUACAGCCAAACCGUUUCAAUACCAAUUUUCCCCCAGCUAAUUCCAGUUUUUUCCAUACACUUAAAAACAGUCUCUGUUGAAAAAUUGUUUAUUAGCCUGAAAUGCAUAAAAUAUAAAAUAAUGCAAAAUUGUGGUAGUUUUCAAUUGGUAAAUAUGUUGACAUAUCUUCUGAAAAAUUCUUAUAUUACGUUUUUAGACGCAUGUUCGUGGACAUCAAGGACACAAGGGAAAUGAAAAAGCCGACGAAUUAGCAAAGAAAGGGGCGGAACUGUGAAAAAUCGAUUGUUAAAUUGUGUGGUGUUGUGUAGGAGAAUGUUUUGAUGAACUACUAUUAGCAAUCAAAGGAGUAGAAUGUUAAUACUAAAAGUCUACAUUAUUUAUGCUGUGUGUAAAUACUGCAAGUUUGUAACAGCAAAGGAUAAAUUAGAUGCUGUUCUAGAUUAAUUAAUUAAAAUGUAAACAUUAAGGGACUGAAAUAAGAACAAAUUACAGUAUUAUUAUUAACCCAUUGAGUCGCAUUGCACCCUCAUGCACCCUACUUUAGUAUUUUACUCCGUCUAAUGCCAGAUGAUUUUACUCAUCAAGGGGAGAGCGCUGGCACUUAAUGGGUUAAUGAAAGAAGCAUAACUUUGAUACUAAAAGCCAGUUUUGCUGUAUACAAAUGUGGUAACCAAAUUUAAGAAACAAUUUGAGCAUUAUAUUAUAACACUUUUAGUUAAUUUAUUUAUAACAAAAAUUAUAUAUGGAUAAAGAUAUGUUAGUUACAGCUUGAAAGCUUUGAAAAACAAAUAAAAGAUUGUGUAUCCUUUAUGUAGUUUUACACUGCUCAUCUUAGUAGAUCUUACAUGUUACAAUACAUAACUCUAACUCCCAAAAGUACCCUUCACUGCAAAACAUUUUUGAUUCAAAAUAAUGCAGGCACACUGACUCAAAAUAAUGAGUAAAUUAUUAACUAAAACUUAUUAGCAGAUAUACUCAUUUUUUUAAUAAGUAAAUCUUUACUCCAAAAAUGAGUAAUUUGAAACUAUUAAAAAAAUUGAGUAAAUUUCCUCAUAAAUUUUAAUUUCCAAAAUUGUACUCAGGUUUUUCAGUCAAAAUACAUGGGUUUUUGCAGUAUAUACUAGCCUAGCAAUACAGAAAUAUAUUAAAUACAAAACACUAAAAUAUUGGCUAACAUACAAACUAUGGACACAUAAAACAAACUUAUCAGGCACUUAUCCUCUUCAUCUAAACCUGUGAACAAAUUACUAACAAUUACAUAUAGUUUGAUUACUCUCAAAUGACAUUAAUAGAAAUUACUAUAUUUACUCAACAAUCUAAGAAAUUAGCGGCCAUAAGCAAUUCCAAAGCGAUUUCUGGUGCAAUCGGGAACUCCGGUAUCUCUGUGCUACUGUUGGUGUAUCGUACUUUGUAGAGAAAGUACAUACACACUUUUGCCAGGAUGUGCGAUGGAAUUUCACGAAAAUGAACCUCGUUUGUUUCGUUCUCUGAGAAUUGACCUGUUG